UUGGUUUAUUGAGAUUCGUAAUGGCAAGGGAGCCGUCAACCUUCACCCAUUCCAGCAUGGACAUUCAAAUAAUGACUGCGGAAAAUGUGCCAAUACAAAACGAUAAUGUAGUAAUUGCUUCUAUACCACAAAGUGAACUAGCGAUGUCAAGCAAUUCGUUCAACGAUCCUCCUCCAUCUUUUGCUGAGUCUCAAAGGCAGAAAUAUCUUGAAGAACAAAAUUUUACCCGAAUUCAUCGGAUUCAAAUUACUGAUAAUGGAAUUCUUGAUAAUGGAAUGUUAAAAACUACUUCAACGCCGUCUCGAACUCCAAACCUAAGUAAUGCUUGGGAAUUUGCUGGAUGGGGUUCGACCUAUUAUAUCGAUCUUCCACUAAAUUCUCCCGAGCCUUCAGAAUCAAAACGUGUUUUACUCGGUCAAUGGCGUGCCACUAGUAUAUCCGGAAAUGACCUUGUUGCAUCGGUUCUUUAUACUAUUGGAUUAUGUACAACUGUGGCUGGAAAAUUCGCACCCAUAUCACUGUUAAUAAUUUCGAUCAUCCUUUAUCCAUUCAAGGAUAUUAUGAGCGAAGUUGGCACUGCCUUACCUUUAAAUGGUGGCUCUUACAAUUGUCUAUUAAAUACUUCUCCAAAAUGGUUUGCUGCCGUUGCUGCCGCUUUAAGUUUAUUAGAUUAUGUUGCAACAGCUGUUGUUAGUGCUGCAUCUGCUAUAUCUUAUGUCUCCAGACCAUUGAAUUUGUCUGAUUCUGUCAUGUUUUGGCUUACUAUUGGCAUGAUGGUGUUAUUUGCUAGUAUUGUGGCUUUAGGACUUCGAGAAUCUUCUAAUGUCGCUUUUAUAAUUUUCAUUGUUCAUUGUUUGACAUUGACUCUAUUGAUGAUUACAUGUCUGGUCCGAUGGAUUAUCCAGGGAAAUAGUAUACUGAUCGAGAAUUGGAAAGAUCCUGGCUCUGGAAAUCCAUUACUUGACAUUUUUAAUGGUGUAUGUGUAGGACUUUUAGGGAUCACUGGCUUUGAAACGUCUUCUAAUUACAUCGAAGAUCAAAAGCCUGGCGUCUUUCCAAAGACUAUGCGAAAUAUGUGGGUGUUGGUUUUUGUAUUCAAUGCUCCCCUUGCAUUUUUUGCAACAGCGUUAAUGCCCUUAUCAACUUUCAAUGAGCAUCAAAAUGACAUAAUUUCUACUUUGGGUGAUUAUGCUGCCGGAAAUUGGUUGAAAAUUUUCAUCGUUGUCGAUGCAUUUAUCGUAUUAGGUGCCGGCGUAUUGACCGGAUUCAUUGGUGUCACAGGACUGAUUUCUAGGAUGGCUUCCGAUAAUAUAUUACCUCAAUUCUUGCUAAAUAAAAAUCGGUUUACUGGGACUUAUCAUUGGAUUAUCUUAAGCUUUCUUAUCUUUUGUAUAACUCUAUUCACGAUAGUUAACGGUAAUAUGGCAUCAUUAUCUGGUGUGUUUGCUGUAUCAUUUCUCAGUGUACUAUGCAUGUUUGCAAUUGGGAACAUUUUUCUCAAGUAUAAACGUGGGAGAUUAUAUCGACCAAUUCGUGUAUCUACUGGAACUGCACUCUUUGGUCUUGCAUAUGAUAUGAUUAUAAGAUUAAUCAAAAAGUUGAAAAAACAACCUGUUGUAUUUUUUACCAAAACUGAUGAACUUCAUAUUCUUAAUAAAGCUAUUUUAUAUGUCAAAAAUUCGGAAUCUACUGGAUAUUUGAAAUUGAUUCAUAUUUAUGACAAGAUCGAAGAUAUACCUCCACGACUUGAGGCAAACCAUCGUGUCCUUGAUGAGUUAUAUCCAAAGAUACAAAUUGAUUUGAUUUUCAUUCAAGGAGUAUUUAAUCCUAAAACUGUGGAUUGUAUUUCACAGCACUUCCGAAUUCCAAAGUCUCUUAUGUUUAUUUCAUGCCCUGGUAGCGAGUUUCCUUAUAAGAUCGGCGAGUUUGGUGGA